CAUUCCGGAUUGCCUAAUGGUAAUUUAUCUGCAACAAUUGAUAAUAACGAAGAUAUAAUUUAAAAGUUAAUUUCAUUGUUCUAGGUAUAAUCUGCGUGUGCUGGAUCGCUGGCACACUGGUUGGCUUCCUACCGCUUUUAGGUUGGAAUGCGGGCAAGAAAUCUAACGAGAAAUGCAUCUUCACCGAAGUGAUGGAUUACGAUUACUUAGUGUUUCUGUAUUUCGCCACGAUCAUCUUUCCCGCGCUAUUAAUUGCAGCCUUCUAUACCCAUAUAUACCGCGUGGUCGUAAAGCAGGUCAGAUACUUUUACUGUAAAUAUACAGACACAGCGUAUGUACUAAUGUACCUACAACAAAUUGUAACAAUGAAUCCGUGCCGCCGUACUGGGAACCAGACAUGCAUGCUGCGCUUGCUCGGGGCAGCUAGAAAGCGUGAAGUGAAGGCAACGCAGAAUCUAUCGCGCAUCGUGCUCUUUUUCAUUAUCUGCUGGUUUCCACUUUACACUAUCAACUGUGUGAUGGCGUUCUGCCCAAGAUGCAGGGUUCACGAUGUCUUGAUGAAUUUUUGCAUAAUCCUGUCGCACUUGAACUCAGCUGGCAAUCCGUUGCUAUACGCUUAUCAUUUGAAAGACUUCCGUGCGGCACUUAAGAAUUUCAUGUGGAAGCUUUUAUUUCCGCACAGCGACGUGAAAUCCAGCGUGGUCAGCGUGAUUCACGAUCGUGGGUCUCUGGUUGGUUCUCAGAGACAAUUCCAGAGGCAAGCAGGAGGAUUGCCAUCUUCGAGGGUAGCCAGACCGAAUUUAUUGCGGCAGGUAACCGAUAUGAAAUCAAGAGUGUCAUUCUCUAUUCCUCGGAACGUUUCAGUUCAAGAGAAAAAAGUUGCAAACACAUCAAGCUCUUCGAGUGAGAAACAAGAAAAUGACAAUGAGAGCCAAAACAGCAACGAGCUGCAACAAAACGAAAGUGACAAUUUCGGAAGUGUUAGAAUUGACUCGAGUGUCUCGAGAUCCUCUCACAUUACGUCCAUGGAAUUACAGACUUACAAACCUUUAAUACCGCUUCUUCCAGCGGAGGUAGAUCACGUCGAGGAGACCCCACCCGCAUCCAUCUUUGUUAUCGAAGUGGAUGUAAAUCACGUGGAAUCGGUCCAUGAAAAACUUGGCGAGGAGUUAACGGAAAAUAAGGACAAAGGUUGA